AUGGAGUCCCGGAUUACCAAAAAUGUUUUCUGCACAUAUACAGGGGAAGAAAGUGAAGUCGAUACAACUAUCUUUUUCAUUUCAGGGAACCCCGGCUUGAUCAGCUACUACCACCCCUUCCUGUCUUUGCUGGCGAAGCACCUAGUAGCAGACCAGGGCAAAGAACUCUUCCCCAAAUCAGGAUCAGAAACUUCGUUUCUGAUCUACGGGUGCAGUCUUGGCGGGUUUGAAGUGACCGAACAGAGUCAGAACUAUCGUUCAUCCGAACAAUCUUCCUCUUCCUCGUCUUCCAAUGGCAAUGGCCGCCAGGACAAAAGUAAGAGUGGUGGGACAAGUCGCAAGCUCUACAGCCUGGAAGAACAGAUCGGUUUUGUUCAGGGGAAGUUAAACGAGUUGAUGCGAAAUAUUUCCUCCCGGAAAAAGCAGAAGGUUAUCUUGAUCGGACAUUCUGUCGGGACGUACAUGGCCAUGGAAAUUCUGAGACGACACCGCGAAACUAUGACAGGAUUUCAGUCUGAUGGAGCAGACAAUAUCCCUGAUUUCGACAUUAUUGGCGGUAUUAUGCUGUUUCCGACGGUGAUGGAUAUCUCUGCUUCUCCUUCGGGACAAAAAUUGACGACCCUUCUCUCGAUCAUCCCACAGUUUGCUCUGGUUGUGAGUUUCUUCGCUCGACUCCUCACCUUCAUUCUCCCCGACUCGAUCUUGAAAAGUGCCAUUCGGACUGUGAUGAAAAACCCACCACCACAUGCUCUCGAAACGACAUUUACUUUCUUAAAGAGUCCAGGUGGCGUACGACAGGCUCUACACAUGGCUGCCGACGAGAUGUCCUCUAUCACGACUGAUAAAUGGACGGAUGAUGUUUGGGGUGUUUCUUCCACUCGUGACCCUGUCGCUAAGCUAUUCUUCUACUUUGGACGGAAUGACCAUUGGGUUGCGGAGAAGACUCGAGAUGAGAUUAUUGCAUUAAAGGGGUGUAAGGAUGGGCUUGGACCGAAGAUGUUCGUUUGUGAAGAGGGGUUGCCGCAUGCCUUUUGUUUG